AUGCAGGGUUGGUUUAAUCGUGAUGAGGAAGGUAAGGUGAUCGUAGAGAAUGGGUAUGUCACGAUCACCUGCGAAGGUAAUGAUGAAAAUUUGGUUUUUCAACUGCAUGUAUCAGAGAUCGACGAGAAAGCAGAACAAAUGUGCUUCAAUGUCAAUGGUAAAGAUAUAUAUAUUGAUGUUGUUCCAUUUGAAACAAAUGACAAUGAUUUCGAGGGUGAUAAAACCAUGACUGGAUCAGAAUGCAAGGAAUCAAAGGAAGAAAAGUUUAAUACACCAACAACAAGUAAAAAUGGAAACGCGAUUUUUCCUUGGUGCGAUGCCUCAACAAAGAUCUUCCUGAAAGAGUACAAACUAAAGAAGGAAUUAGUAAAGCAUCGAAAGCUUAAAAAUAUGAAAAGGGCAUAUCAGGAAAUAGCCAAUAAUUUGGUAGAGAAUGGUUUCAGUGUAUCUCCCUUGCAAGUGGAGAAUAGAUAUAAAACGCUCAAACGUGCGUACAAGAACAUGAUAACGCACAACAGGAGGAGUGGAAGAGGAAAAUAUAUCUGUAGUUACGAAGAUGAUCUGGUUGAGAUAUUUUCCAAUGAUAUAUAUGAUACAAAGAUAAAUGAUGAAGAUGAUUCAAAGGAUGCAAAGGAAAUACUUACACCUAUUGCCACAAAAAAUUGCUCGUCUACUGAGAAUUUUCAUUUGAAGACUCUUCAGCAUAACACCAGAUUGGAGGCUCAGAAUGUGAAGAUAAUUGAGAAUCUACAAAGCUGUCAACGUUUAUUGAAGAAUUUAAUUACUUCUUUGGAUAGUAAAAAUAAAAAUUCCAGUUAUAUGCCAAGUGGAGUUUUGCAGAUCUGUAUGGAGAUACGAGAUUUACAGAAGGAGGCAACUACACGCGCAGAAGAACAAAGGGAGAAAGCUAAGGAACAGAGAGAAACGAGGAAUAACUUGUUGCAAGAAAUUGUAACGAUUCUCAAAUCUAGAAAGGACACGUAAUACAAUCAAUAUCAGACAAGUGUUUGAACACAUCCUCAAUAGUUACAGAAUAAUAGAAUUUAUUUAUUCUUUUAAAUGCAAAGAGAUAACUUUCUUGUUAUGUAUUUUUAUA